GAAGCUAAACCGAAGAUAUGCGUGACUUCCUUAAACCACUUGUACCAACGAUGUAAAAGAUCAUUCGAAGACAGCAGAAAUGGUUGCAGCUGGUAUCCUGAAUCUGGGUACUCAGGUUAAAGAAUCUUUGCCACGUACCAAAGUAAGCUUCUCAAGUAUAACUGUCAGGAAAGACAGACAUUCUAUUCAAAACAAAAUAAAACAUGUUAAUGAUAUACUUAAAUGCAUGUGCAUUGAAAAUAAUUGGACCUAUAUACUUAUUAGAUAAUAGCAACAUUGACUAUACUUGUUUAAAUAGGCGUGGUUUAUACUUAAAUAAAAACGGAAGCUCAAUUAUUAGUAAGAAUUAUAGCAAUCAUUUGCGCUUAAAUUGAUAUAAUGUACAGCCAGGUGGAAACAGGCAGAUACCGACUAACCCAUGCUUACCUAAUGUAAAGGGUUUUUAAAAUGGGUAUGCUUAAUAUAGCUAGCUUAUACCUAAACAUAUAGAGGAAAUUAGAGUAAUAUUAGCUGAAAAAUGUCUCGAUAUUCUCGCACUAAAUGAGACAACACUAGAUGAUAAUAUUACCAAUCAGGAUAUGUUUAUUCACAAUUAUGAUUUAAUUAGGGCCGAUCGCUCUAGAACAGGGGGAGGCGUUCUGUUUAUAUAUAAGAAAUUCCAUUAAUUAUUUCGAACGAAAAGAUCUGACUAGAGAUAAUCUUUAAGCAGUUUGUAUUGAGGUUAACAAACCCUCUUCUGCAUUGUUUAUUGUUGGUACCAUUUAUAGACCUCCAGGUGCUUCUGUCGACUCUUUUGACAAUAUUGAGCAACUAAUUAAACUUAUAGAUGAUGAGAAUAAGGAAUUUUACAUGCUUGUUGAUUUAAAUGCCAAUACGCUUGACAUUUCAAAUAAUGCCACAAAAAACUUAAAUUCAAUCAUUGAACUAUAUCAGUUAACACAAACAAUAAGAUCACCCACUCGCGUGACCAUGACUUCAUCUACCCUGUUGGAUGUUUGUCUCACCCCAACUCCAGAUAAGUUAGUCUUAUCUAAAGUGGUGCAGAUUGCUAUCAGCGAUCACUAUAUAAUUUUAGUUGUUCGUAAAUUUAAUAUUCGUCCUAAAUAAAACAACCGCCACAAGAAAGUCGAAAUUCAAAUAUUAAGUAUUUUAAUGCUGAAAAUUUCGUAAUGGAUUUGAGCAAUCAGGAAUGGGAAUUGUUGGACAAUAACUUCUGCGUUGACAGGAUGUGGGAAACAUGGAAAAUUAUUUUCUUGUCAGUUCUAGAUAAGCAUGCAUCAAUUAGAGAAAAGAGAGUCAGAAAUAUAGCAAAUAUUCCUUGGCUGACUAAUGCAAUAAAAAAACAAAUACGUGAACGGAAUCGUCUCAAAUUCCUUGCCGUUAAAUACAAUUCAGAAAAUUACUGGACUGCAUAUAAAACUUAUAGAAACCAUAUAACUAGUACACUGCGAGAAGCAAAAACAGCAUAUUAUAAAGCACAAUUUGAAAGUGUCAAACAUGACCCUAAAAAAGCUUGGAAAACCGUUAAUAAAAUCCUUAACCGGAAACAAAAAUGUCACGAAAUAAAUUGUAUCCAUACUCAGAAUGGUCAAAUUUCUUGUCCAAAUGAAUUAGCGGAGCGCUUUAAUAAUCACUUUACUGACAUUGGUCCAAAAAUUGCCACAACCAUUGGCAAUACUGAUAGGAAUUUCACGGAUUACAUAACAAAAGCAACAAGUAGUUUCAAGUUUCAAACAGUGUCUGAAACCAAAGUAUACAAACUUCUCUCCUCUUUAAAUCUUUGUAAAUCUACCGGAAUUGAUAAAAUUCCCGAUAAAAUUAUUCGUAUUGCUGCGCCAAUAAUGCAAAUUUACUGA